GGUUCUAGCAGGGUUCUAGUUGACAAUCAACACGCCCCUUUUUGUAAACCGGAAGUAGUUCCUCCUUUGCUCGGAAAGAAAUGAAUUACAAACUAAUGUCUUGCUAGUGCUACCCCGGCUAUUUAUCUUUGAUUCUACUACACUAAAUAGAAGCAUUAUGAGGUCCGUCUGACUAUCGAACAUGUAGAUUUUGUUUGAUGUUAAAUUGGAAGGUGCUAAGCACACAAGCAUACUUAAGUGCUUGUUUAUUGUGGUUUUAUUAAGCAAGUGUAACUUUGCACGGAUUUCGUUCAUUCAAAAUGUCUGCGGAGGAGACGGAUAAAACCACAACGGGUGACGAAGAGGAAGAAUGGCUGUAUGGAGAUGAAAAUGAAAAGCAAGACAAUGAAGAGGAAGAGGCAAAACUGACCGCAGCUGUAAGUGCUCCUGCUCCUGCACCUGCCCCCGUCACGGACGAGACUACUGGAAAUGGGGUGGAAAAACAGAAAGAGGCGAAUGCCGAUGAUGAGGACAGCGACAGUGAAAGUGACGACGAUGAUGACGACGUGCAGGUUACCAUUGGUGACAUCAAGACCGGAGCUCCGCAGUACACGACCUAUGGAGCCACACCAGUUAACCUCAACAUAAAAACUCCAGGAAGCAGAGGCUAUGGGGCAGUCACUGCAAAGCUGAAGGGUGUGGACCUGGAAGCUCCUGGGAGCAUCAAUGGUGUUCCAGUUCUGGAGGUGGAGAUGGAGUCUUUUGAAGAGAAACCCUGGAGAAAACCAGGUGCUGACCUGUCUGACUAUUUUAACUAUGGCUUCAAUGAGGAUACGUUUAAAGCGUAUUGUGACAAACAGAAGAGAAUUCGAAUGGGCUUGGAAAUUAUGUCCUCAAAUACCAGCAAAAUCAUGGUGCAACAGGGACGGACAGGAAAUACUGAAAAGGAAAUAGUGAACAUUACUCCGCACACAACCAAGACAGAUUUCAAUAGCCCAACAAACGUGUACAAAUCUGCAAUUAACACAACCAGGAUAUCCCCUCCCCAAUGGGCACCCCCUGGCAAUCAGGACAUGUCCUACUAUACGAAGACAAGUGGCACCAUUGACGUCAUCGGUGGAGGGACGGCAACCAUCAGUCGGGUUGAGGGACGGCGCCGGCACAACCAGGAAGGCAACAACAUCCAGGUCAUCUCUGCGGAGCACUCGUCUGACUCUGAGCCGACACCAGCGAAGAUGCCCCCCGGCCCCUUCUUCCCACCUGGACCUAUUCCUCCAAACAUUCCACCGCCCCCAUUCAUGCCACCGCCAAACGUGACCGCCGCCCCACUCAUCCCACCCCCAAGAAUGCCCAUCACGGUUCCUCCUCCUGGUUUCCCUCCACCGGGCGGCCCCCCUCCAUCCCUCAUGCCCCCAAUGGAAAACAGUGGGCAUCCAGGAGGUUAUGAUGGCCGGUCAGUUCCACCAUAUACAUUCCCAGGAGGCGGAUAUCCACCUCCCAUGCCUGGGGCAGUUGCGUCCUGGCCCCCCGCCAUGAUGGAUAACUCCAAACCCUGGUAUUUUGACGCUCGUCGUGAGAAGGAGCGGGAAAAGGAAAGGGAACGUGAACGGCCAAGAGAGCGGCCCCAUGAGCGAGAGAGGGAACGGGAGCGAGAACACAGCCCUUCAGCAAUGGGCUACACAAGUGAUGAGGAGCGCUAUCGGUACCGUGAUUACCCUCCUGAGCGCGGCUACGAGCGACAUCGUGAGCGAUCCAGUCGGGAGAAGGAAGAGAGAGGACACAGAGAGAGGAGGCACAGAGACAAAGAGGAAAGGGGACAUAAGUCCUCCCGAAGCAGCAGCAGGAGGCGUCAUGACAGUGAGGAAGGAGACGGCCAUCGCCGGCACAAGCACAAGAAGUCAAAGCGCAGCAAAGAGGGCAAGGAGCCGAGCGAGGAGAGAUCCGGGGACCAGGACAGCCAGGAGCCCAUGGAGUGAACACAACACCUGGGUGUUUCUAUUCUCCACGUCUAAUGCAUGAAAUAAAAUGUUUGGUCCUCCGCCUUCUCUUUCUAUGGAGCACUGUUGUAAUGAGCUUAAAUCAUGCCCAGAGAGAGGUGAAGCCUCAACACCAUCCCUUCCCAUGCUUACUUUGUUGUGAUUCAUCUAUGUCUUUAAACAUGUUUUUGUUUUUAUUUUUUUGAAUAGUUCUACGUAGAUGUCAUGACUUUUGAAUAAAAGACAAGUAAUGUUUUA